AUGCCGGCCGCCUCCCUAUACGAGAUGGCCAGGCGGCGCCUGGUGAAGAACAUCCACUUGCUCGACAGUGUCGCCGAUCUACCAUUCCACUUCGUCGAGCCAAUAAUCCGCUACAUUCAGAACCCCGAACAAUUACAGCUGCUUGAAGAGAACUGUGAACAGUUAAGGGGUGAGACGGGCGAGAUCUGGCUACGGUUCAUCAAGCGCGACAUUCCAAGCUGGGAGACGAGGAGAUUCGAGCCACAGAAUCCUAAGAACUGGGCUAAGGUCUAUCGAAAACUCAAGAAGGAUGCAGAGAACGAGAAGCUUGCGCAGGCAGAGAUGUUGAGGAACAAGAUGAAGGCUGUGGACCGGACCCAGACCAAGACCCAGAUUGUCGACAGCAGGACGGCUUUAGGUGCCGCCAGAAUGUUCUCUAGCCGUGGAUCAGGAUCUUCAGCUAACGCCAGCUGGGGACCGUCUACGGGUGCGCCUGCAAAGACUGGUAAGGCAGUGCUGGACAAGCUGAAGAGGGGAAUGUUCGACUACAAGCGCGAUCGCCCAACGCUGCACCAGGCACCGCCGCAGAUCCAAGCCCGGAGAAGGACUCAGCUCGUGAAGGCGCCGGCUCACAUGGUACGCAUGGCUGUGAAUGAAGCCCCCCAACGACGGAUAGCGGACGCAAGGGAAGCAGCGGACGCAGCAGCGAAGAGGCACGAACCACAAACACCUGCGAGCAGACCGUCUUCGACUAAACCUCAGAUCAUUCAACGACCUGUGCCUCAGAAGAGCGCGCUACCGGAGCGGGUUUCAUUGCCACAAAACUAUCACGCGGAGAGGCAGAGGACAGGUCCCGCCGCCUCCGAUGUCAGAGCCUCGGCGCUUGUCCCAGCUCCCAAGAGAAAGCGGACUGAAUACAGCAUGUUUCAACCAAAUAAAAGGAGGACUUGA